AUGCACCGGACGCUGCUGGUCGCAUCCAAGGCGACCACCAUCCGCGUGUAUUGCCAGCAGUGCUCGGGGAUGCUGCUCAAGUACCGCAAGCAAGGCAAGGGCCAGCUUGUCAAGACGUUCCUGCACAAGAUUGUCAAGGAUAACACCAAGGAGCGGUGCGUGUGUCCUGACUGCGGAAGCGUAUUCGCUCGCCCAGCCAUCAUCAAGAACAGGGAAGCGAACAAGAUCAUCGCGGGCCGCGUCUUUUGGAGAUGA